UCUGCUCUUCAAGCUUGCCCUCAACGACGGGAUGCCCCCCUUCGUCCUCAUAACAUACCGUAGCCUCAUCGGUGCCGCAGUCGUCGCCCCCAUGGCCGUCAUUUGCGAGAGGGAGAUGUUUAAAAAAACGAACCUCGUAGCGUUGGGCUGGAUUUGCAUAAGCGCCACAAUGGGAGUUCCCUUAGCACUCGGGCUGUUGUUCUACGGUUUGCGUCACACUACCGCCACCUACGCUGCCAACAUCAUCAACCUCCUGCCCAUCGUCACCUUCAUCGUCGGCAUUGUGUUCCGAGCCGAGAAGUUGGCAUUCCACAGCUGGCCUGCCAAGAUAAAGCUGAUGGGCGCAGUGGUGUGCGUCGGCGGCACCAUGCUCUUGAGCUUGUUUAAAUGGAAGCUACUGCAUCUCUGGCCCACCCACCUGCUGAAAUCCCAUGACCAUGCCAAUGCAGCACCGGCGAGUCCUCAUCGCCACAUGAUCAUUGGCACGCUCUUCCUGUGCGGGAGUUGCCUCAGCUACGCGGUGGGCUUCAGUGUGCAGGCUAGGCUCUCAAGGGUGUUCCGUUCCAAGUACCUGGCCACGACGAUGACAUGCCUGGCGGGGAGCCUGCAGUCCGUUGCAAUCGGGCUCGUCAUGACGCCUCAUAAAUCUGCUUGGAAGCUCGAAUGGGGUCUGCAGCUUUUCACGGUUCUCUUCUCGGGAGUGCUGGGCUCGGGCGUCAUGUACGUCCUCAACUUGUGGGCGAUAUCACGGCGUGGCCCGACCUAUCCGACCAUGUUCAACUCUCUCUCGCUUAUCCUCACCACCGCCAUGGACUCCGUCCUACUCGGCACCGACAUCUACCUCGGCAGCGUGCUGGGGACGCUGCUCAUCAUCCUGGGGCUUUACACGUUCCUGUGGGGGCAAGCCAAGGAGCGGGCCACCCCAGCACCUAUGCCGGCGAGGUGUAACCAGGUGCAGGUCAACGGUGAGCAAGCGCAGCCAUUAGCCGAGAAAUAGCUAAAAACGAAGGUGACCUGUGAAAUAGAUAUAAUUUUUCCAAUCAUUUUUUAGGGAAAUAG